UCACGACUGGCAUGUGCGCUCGGAAGCUUCUCACGUUUUUUUUUUACUCUCGCUUGAUCUUUACGGGAGGGAAAUAUUAUCACAGUGAGGUCUGGUCGCUUUGGAUUCAGUUGCUGAUCGACUGUGCCAAUGGAUAGAGGUCCACGGGUUCCUCAAUCUAACACACCACGGUUUUAAUUUCGUUUAAAGUGUACCUUCUAUCAAAUGCUCUACUCCACUACGAAAGCACUUCAGAUAACACAAAGGUUCAUUAUUGUAGAGUCGGCGCUGCUGAUUGCAGCCGCCUGACAUUUGACACGUCAAAACGAGAAACGUUCCUGUUAUUAUUGACAAACCAAAAUAGACCAAGAUGGCGUAUGAAAUGCUUGAUGAUGACAUGGCAAUCAACAAUGUGAGCAGUAGUCUGCUCUUGACGACCGGUGGUGUUGGCGUCAAUAACAAUAAUCUGUACGAGAGUAACACGACGAACUGGACGAAUUGGGCGAAUUGGACCAACGAGGAAGAUUACCUGAAAAGCAGCCCCGUUGUCCAGGUGAACAUCUACAUCUUGUACGCCGUCAUCUUCACAGUGGGACUGGUGGGAAAUGUACUCGUCGUGUUCGUCGUAGCACAAAACAAGGCCAUGCAAACAGUCACCAAUUGUUACAUCGCCAAUCUCGCCCUGUCUGACAUUUUGCUCUGCGUAUUGGCUGUGCCCUUUACCCCACUCUACUUUUUCCUCAAAGAGUGGAUCUUUGGCAAAAUCCUUUGCCACUUGGUGGCAUAUUCACAGGGGACUUCGGUGUACGUGUCGACGCUGACGCUGACUUCCAUCGCUAUCGAUCGCUUCUUCGUCAUCUUGUAUCCGUUCCGGCCACGCAUGAAAAUGACCACCUGCUGGAUCACGAUUUGUGCCAUCUGGUUGGUGGCCCUCUGUGCCACUCUUCCCUACGGUAUUUUUGUUGACAUUCGAGUCAUUGGCAACGUCACCUACUGCGAAGAAAGCUGGACGUUAGAUUCUGACCGGCAAAUCUACGGAGCCGUUACGUCCGUCAUGCAAUUUGUUGUCCCUUUCGUUAUUAUGGCCUUCGCCUAUACCAAGGUGUCGCUCAAGUUGGCCGAUCGCAGCCGGGAGAAGGCCAAGAUCCGUUUGAGGAGCUGCCGUGGAGAAGAGCUGGAUCGGGAACGGAAGCGUCGCACCAACCGCAUGCUCAUCGCCAUGGUGACGAUAUUUGGGGCGUCAUGGAUGCCCCUUAACCUGAUCAAUCUGCUCAACGACCUCUAUGCCGAGUCAAUGGCUUGGUGGAAAUACUACAAUCUCGCCUUCUUUUUGGCUCACACGAUAGCCAUGUCAUCUACUUGUUACAACGUAUUCCUUUAUGCCUGGCUCAACGACAAUUUCCGGAAGGAACUCAAGCGCAUUCUGCCUUGCUUUCCAGCUCACUCCGCUUCGAAUAGCGUUCCAGCUGCAGCUAGCGUCAUGAAUCCAGGGAUUGGAGCCAUGGCUGCUGAUGCUGUUUCAGCUGUUAAUCGGAAGCGUUCCGUCAACGGAGAGCGUGAUUCUCAUCCACGCUCAAAUCAGAUGAUUCAAUCAGCUCAGUCAGAGUCUGAUGGUGAUGCUGAAUGUGCUACAUGUGUGCAGAUCCUGCUUCCGGGCGAGACGGAAGACGGUGAAAUGAUGAAUAACGACGAGCAGCCAACAUUUGAACCCAUGACAACGAUAACGAGUACGGUUGAAAUCACGGCCAAUCCCGUCGGUUCAUCUCCCGUUGCCGAAGGCAAGUUGGCCAAUAAAAACAUUGUUGAUCGGAAUCAUCUUCACAGCAGACACCAGCAGCAGCCAUCGGCCAUGAUUGAACUGACCCCCAUGACCUAUUCGUCCGUCACGUCCGACACCUGCCCCCAGUGUUCCUCGGCGGCAGCCAAGACGUCUUUCAUGACAUUUGACGAGCUGGCUGACGCCAUCGUUAUCAGCAGCGCUAACAACCCAUCAACUGCAGCCGUCACCAACUGUUAACACACGCGGCUGUCGCCACCAUGCAGAACCACAAAACAACAUCUUUCCUGUCAAUUCAAUGUUUCGAUAUAAACUGCAAUUUGUUUUUUUGUGUCGCCUGUUUCUGAAAUGAGAAAAUGCUGUACAAAGCUGGUCAAACCCCUCAAUUUGUUUGAAAUGAAUUCGUGUUAAAUAUAUACAUUUUGCAUGUCGUUUUUUGAAUGUUAUGGACGUUGAAGCGCUUUGAUUGUUACAAGAAUGAAAUAUACUCGACUAUGACGCUAUCAAA